AUGGCCGCCAUGAUGCCUAACAAUGAAAAUUUUAUUGAACAAUGGAAACUUCGUCGAACUAUUCAGUAUUUAUCAACACUACGUGGUCGCGGUACAUCCUUAGUUACCAUAAUUAUUCCUGCUCAAUCGCAGUUGUCCCGAACGAUGAAACUUCUUACUGACGAAUACAGUCUUUCAUCAUGUAUCAAAUCAUCUCAAACACGGCAUAACGUUCAACAAGCUCUGUCGACUGCUCAAGGUAAACUGCGUCUAUAUACACAAAAUACCUUGCCAGCCAAUGGUCUCGUUUUGUAUGCCGGCAUGGUCUAUGAUGAAGUUGAUCAUCGCGAAUCGAAAGUAUCCAUGUGCAUAGAACCAUUACAAUCUUUACAACACGGUCUAUAUCGGUGUGAAACACAUUUUAUUACUGAUUUUCUUCAAAAGCAAUUGAUGGAUAAUGCCAACGAUUUUAAUGCACGUCGAUAUGGCAUCAUCGUUAUUGAUGGUAACGGUUCGUUAUUUGCUCGAAUAGAUCCUCAACAAGGUACGACAGUUCUAAAACGCUUUCAAGUUAGUCUACCGAAAAAACAUGGUCGUGGCGGACAAUCGGCUAUGCGUUUCGAUCGGUUACGUCGAGAAGCUAUACAUAACUAUUUGAUGAAAGUAGCCGAUAGUGCGAAAUCACUAUUUUUAAACGCUCAACAACAUGGACUUGUCAAUGUCGAUGGAUUUAUUUUGAGUGGUUCAGCGAAUUUAAAACAUGAUCUGAUCAAAAGCGAUCUGCUUGGUUUACAAAUUCAAAAUAAGAUUCUUCGUACGAUCGAUAUCAGCUAUGGUGGUGAUAAUGGUUUACAUGAAACACUUCGUUUAUGUAAUGAUAUUUUCGCUGAUAUGAAACUAACACAAGAAAGACAACUGCUUGAAGAAGCCUUUUCCCAAAUCAAUUUGUCAUCAACGACAAACGAGAACAAUACUGUUUCGUAUACGAUUGGUGUUGCUGAAACAUCAUUGGUUCUUAAUGAAGGCAGUGGCCUAAUUGAUCGAAUCAUCGUUUGGGAAGAUCUGAAAACUAAACGUUACGUCUAUCAAAAACGUAAUAAAGAAAUUGUUGUUAUUAUUGCUGAUAAUGAACAAGAAGCACAAAAGAAAUUGAAAAUCGACGAAAAUGAACAGAUCGAAUGCAUUGACGAAACGAACUUUAUUGAUUAUCUAACUGAUCAUUAUAAAGAAUUGAACAUUCGGGUGCAUAUUGUCACAGAUCGAUCACCUGAAGGACAGCAAUUUCAACUUGGUUUCGGUGGAUGUAUCGCUAUACUUCGAUAUCCAGUAUCGACUGCUCUCUUUGAUUCUCUUAAUGAAAACAAUGACGACGGCUAUGAUUACUAA